AAUUAUUUUAAAAUUCUAUUUUGUUUAGAUGCUGCGUGCAGUCGUGUUAGGCUCAGGUUUGGUUACUAUGAUGCCGUCGGUGAAUGCUGCUACUCCAGUUAAGAAUGAGCCAAACGAACCAACGAGGCCUGCGCCAAUGAGGCCCUCAGAACUACCAAUUUAUGAAGCACCUCAUGCUGAAUACGCCGAAUUUGAAGAAGCCAAAAGACAUUCAAAGAAAUCUGGCUACAUAAGGACCGCCCUCCAGGGUCCCGUGCGCGUGGUUCGCGAACACAUACAGACGGUGUGGGCCCACACGGACUCCAUCAACAACGCUGUGCAUGACAACUUUAAUGAAUUCCAAGACAGGACUCAAUGGAUUGUUAGAUAUCUCCGUGAAGAGGAAAAUAAGCAGGUUCGCAGCGGUGCCGUGAUUAUUGGCGGCCUCACGGGAUUCAUCUUUGGACUUCGAGGAGGGAUAAUAAGGAAAGUCCUCUAUGCCGGCCUGGGCACCACAGCCAUGGGUAUGAUUUGCUUCCCCGAGGAAACAAAAGAGUUUACCAAGAACAAUGGAGUACUUGCAAAACAGUAUAUCAACAUUGCAUACAACUUUCUGUAUGGAGUAAAGCCAGGUGACCCACAACUGGAAGUUCAUUUCCCUGAGCUGUCGUUUCCCAAAAACUUUUCGGAGUUUGUGGACUUGAGCGCCUCAGUGGCUUCGUCCGUGAAGCAGGCCGUCAUGCCGCCGCCCACUAAGGAAGCAGCUGAUCCUAAAGCAACAGAAAAAAAUAAUUAGGUGGAAUUUUCAGUCAAGUACCAAUUUAAGCAUGAAAAUGGGUAUUUUGCUUUGUUAUUAAAACUUGUACGUGUUAUUUUUUCA